AUGGGAGGCAGGUGCGCAUGGGAGGCAGGUGCGCAUGGGAGGCAGGUGCGCAUGGGAGGCAGGUGCGCAUGGGAGGCAGGUGCGCAUGGGAGGCAGUGCGCAUGGGAGGCAGUGCGCAUGGGAGGCAGUGCGCAUGGGAGGCAGUGCGCAUGGGAGGCAGUGCGCAUGGGAGGCAGGUGCGCAUGGGAGGCAGGUGCGCAUGGGAGGCAGGUGCGCAUGGGAGGCAGGUGCGCAUGGGAGGCAGGUGCGCAUGGGAGGCAGGUGCGCAUGGGAGGCAGGUGCGCAUGGGAGGCAGGUGCGCAUGGGAGGCAGUGCGCAUGGGAGGCAGGUGCGCAUGGGAGGCAGUGCGCAUGGGAGGCAGGUGCGCAUGGGAGGCAGGUGCGCAUGGGAGGCAGGUGCGCAUGGGAGGCAGUGCGCAUGGGAGGCAGUGCGCAUGGGAGGCAGGUGCGCAUGGGAGGCAGGUGCGCAUGGGAGGCAGGUGCGCAUGGGAGGCAGUGCGCAUGGGAGGCAGUGCGCAUGGGAGGCAGUGCGCAUGGGAGGCAGGUGCGCAUGGGAGGCAGGUGCGCAUGGGAGGCAGGUGCGCAUGGGAGGCAGGUGCGCAUGGGAGGCAGGUGCGCAUGGGAGGCAGGUGCGCAUGGGAGGCAGGUGCGCAUGGGAGGCAGGUGCGCAUGGGAGGCAGUGCGCAUGGGAGGCAGUGCGCAUGGGAGGCAGGUGCGCAUGGGAGGCAGGUGCGCAUGGGAGGCAGUGCGCAUGGGAGGCAGGUGCGCAUGGGAGGCAGUGCGCAUGGGAGGCAGGUGCGCAUGGGAGGCAGGUGCGCAUGGGAGGCAGGUGCGCAUGGGAGGCAGUGCGCAUGGGAGGCAGUGCGCAUGGGAGGCAGUGCGCAUGGGAGGCAGGUGCGCAUGGGAGGCAGGUGCGCAUGGGAGGCAGGUGCGCAUGGGAGGCAGGUGCGCAUGGGAGGCAGGUGCGCAUGGGAGGCAGGUGCGCAUGGGAGGCAGGUGCGCAUGGGAGGCAGGUGCGCAUGGGAGGCAGGUGCGCAUGGGAGGCAGGUGCGCAUGGGAGGCAGGUGCGCAUGGGAGGCAGGUGCGCAUGGGAGGCAGGUGCGCAUGGGAGGCAGUGCGCAUGGGAGGCAGUGCGCAUGGGAGGCAGUGCGCAUGGGAGGCAGUGCGCAUGGGAGGCAGUGCGCAUGGGAGGCAGGUGCGCAUGGGAGGCAGUGCGCAUGGGAGGCAGUGCGCAUGGGAGGCAGGUGCGCAUGGGAGGCAGGUGCGCAUGGGAGGCAGUGCGCAUGGGAGGCAGGUGCGCAUGGGAGGCAGGUGCGCAUGGGAGGCAGGUGCGCAUGGGAGGCAGGUGCGCAUGGGAGGCAGGUGCGCAUGGGAGGCAGGUGCGCAUGGGAGGCAGGUGCGCAUGGGAGGCAGGUGCGCAUGGGAGGCAGGUGCGCAUGGGAGGCAGUGCGCAUGGGAGGCAGUGCGCAUGGGAGGCAGUGCGCAUGGGAGGCAGGUGCGCAUGGGAGGCAGGUGCGCAUGGGAGGCAGUGCGCAUGGGAGGCAGGUGCGCAUGGGAGGCAGUGCGCAUGGGAGGCAGGUGCGCAUGGGAGGCAGGUGCGCAUGGGAGGCAGGUGCGCAUGGGAGGCAGUGCGCAUGAAAGGCAGUGCGCAUGGGAGGCAGUGCGCAUGGGAGGCAGUGCGCAUGGGAGGCAGGUGCGCAUGGGAGGCAGGUGCGCAUGGGAGGCAGGUGCGCAUGGGAGGCAGGUGCGCAUGGGAGGCAGUGCGCAUGGGAGGCAGGUGCGCAUGGGAGGCAGGUGCGCAUGGGAGGCAGGUGCGCAUGGGAGGCAGGUGCGCAUGGGAGGCAGUGCGCAUGGGAGGCAGUGCGCAUGGGAGGCAGGUGCGCAUGGGAGGCAGGUGCGCAUGGGAGGCAGUGCGCAUGGGAGGCAGGUGCGCAUGGGAGGCAGUGCGCAUGGGAGGCAGGUGCGCAUGGGAGGCAGGUGCGCAUGGGAGGCAGGUGCGCAUGGGAGGCAGUGCGCAUGGGAGGCAGUGCGCAUGGGAGGCAGUGCGCAUGGGAGGCAGUGCGCAUGGGAGGCAGGUGCGCAUGGGAGGCAGGUGCGCAUGGGAGGCAGGUGCGCAUGGGAGGCAGGUGCGCAUGGGAGGCAGGUGCGCAUGGGAGGCAGGUGCGCAUGGGAGGCAGGUGCGCAUGGGAGGCAGGUGCGCAUGGGAGGCAGUGCGCAUGGGAGGCAGGUGCGCAUGGGAGGCAGGUGCGCAUGGGAGGCAGGUGCGCAUGGGAGGCAGUGCGCAUGGGAGGCAGUGCGCAUGGGAGGCAGUGCGCAUGGGAGGCAGUGCGCAUGGGAGGCAGGUGCGAGGAAGGUCGGCAUGGGAGGCAGGUGCGCAUGGGAGGCAGUGCGCAUGGGAGGCAGUGCGCAUGGGAGGCAGGUGCGCAUGGGAGGCAGGUGCGCAUGGGAGGCAGUGCGCAUGGGAGGCAGUGCGCAUGGGAGGCAGUGCGCAUGGGAGGCAGGUGCGCAUGGGAGGCAGGUGCGCAUGGGAGGCAGUGCGCAUGGGAGGCAGGUGCGCAUGGGAGGCAGGUGCGCAUGGGAGGCAGGUGCGCAUGGGAGGCAGGUGCGCAUGGGAGGCAGGUGCGCAUGGGAGGCAGUGCGCAUGGGAGGCAGUGCGCAUGGGAGGCAGGUGCGCAUGGGAGGCAGGUGCGCAUGGGAGGCAGUGCGCAUGGGAGGCAGGUGCGCAUGGGAGGCAGUGCGCAUGGGAGGCAGGUGCGCAUGGGAGGCAGGUGCGCAUGGGAGGCAGGUGCGCAUGGGAGGCAGUGCGCAUGGGAGGCAGUGCGCAUGGGAGGCAGUGCGCAUGGGAGGCAGUGCGCAUGGGAGGCAGGUGCGCAUGGGAGGCAGGUGCGCAUGGGAGGCAGGUGCGCAUGGGAGGCAGGUGCGCAUGGGAGGCAGGUGCGCAUGGGAGGCAGGUGCGCAUGGGAGGCAGGUGCGCAUGGGAGGCAGGUGCGCAUGGGAGGCAGUGCGCAUGGGAGGCAGGUGCGCAUGGGAGGCAGGUGCGCAUGGGAGGCAGGUGCGCAUGGGAGGCAGUGCGCAUGGGAGGCAGUGCGCAUGGGAGGCAGUGCGCAUGGGAGGCAGUGCGCAUGGGAGGCAGUGCGCAUGGGAGGCAGGUGCGCAUGGGAGGCAGUGCGCAUGGGAGGCAGUGCGCAUGGGAGGCAGGUGCGCAUGGGAGGCAGGUGCGCAUGGGAGGCAGUGCGCAUGGGAGGCAGUGCGCAUGGGAGGCAGUGCGCAUGGGAGGCAGGUGCGCAUGGGAGGCAGGUGCGCAUGGGAGGCAGGUGCGCAUGGGAGGCAGGUGCGCAUGGGAGACAGGUGCGCAUGGGAGGCAGGUGCGCAUGGGAGGCAGGUGCGCAUGGGAGGCAGGUGCGCAUGGGAGGCAGUGCGCAUGGGAGGCAGGUGCGCAUGGGAGGCAGGUGCGCAUGGGAGGCAGGUGCGCAUAGGAGGCAGUGCGCAUGGGAGGCAGUGCGCAUGGGAGGCAGUGCGCAUGGGAGGCAGUGCGCAUGGGAGGCAGUGCGCAUGGGAGGCAGGUGCGCAUGGGAGGCAGUGCGCAUGGGAGGCAGGUGCGCAUGGGAGGCAGGUGCGCAUGGGAGGCAGUGCGCAUGGGAGGCAGGUGCGCAUGGGAGGCAGGUGCGCAUGGGAGGCAGGUGCGCAUGGGAGGCAGGUGCGCAUGGGAGGCAGUGCGCAUGGGAGGCAGGUGCGCAUGGGAGGCAGGUGCGCAUGGGAGGCAGGUGCGCAUGGGAGGCAGUGCGCAUGGGAGGCAGUGCGCAUGGGAGGCAGUGCGCAUGGGAGGCAGGUGCGCAUGGGAGGCAGGUGCGCAUGGGAGGCAGGUGCGCAUGGGAGGCAGGUGCGCAUGGGAGGCAGGUGCGCAUGGGAGGCAGGUGCGCAUGGGAGGCAGGUGCGCAUGGGAGGCAGGUGCGCAUGGGAGGCAGGUGCGCAUGGGAGGCAGGUGCGCAUGGGAGGCAGGUGCGCAUGGGAGGCAGGUGCGCAUGGGAGGCAGGUGCGCAUGGGAGGCAGUGCGCAUGGGAGGCAGUGCGCAUGGGAGGCAGUGCGCAUGGGAGGCAGUGCGCAUGGGAGGCAGUGCGCAUGGGAGGCAGGUGCGCAUGGGAGGCAGUGCGCAUGGGAGGCAGGUGCGCAUGGGAGGCAGGUGCGCAUGGGAGGCAGGUGCGCAUGGGAGGCAGGUGCGCAUGGGAGGCAGGUGCGCAUGGGAGGCAGGUGCGCAUGGGAGGCAGGUGCGCAUGGGAGGCAGGUGCGCAUGGGAGGCAGGUGCGCAUGGGAGGCAGGUGCGCAUGGGAGGCAGGUGCGCAUGGGAGGCAGGUGCGCAUGGGAGGCAGGUGCGCAUGGGAGGCAGUGCGCAUGGGAGGCAGUGCGCAUGGGAGGCAGUGCGCAUGGGAGGCAGUGCGCAUGGGAGGCAGUGCGCAUGGGAGGCAGUGCGCGGAUGGCAGCGGAGGUAGGAGGGAGGGAGUGGGGCUCACGAGGCCGAGCCAGUUGA